AUGGCCCUCUCAAAGCUGCAAGGACCAGCUCAUCAGUACAUGAAGAGCUACUAUGUGAAAAUGCGGGAAGGAAAGGAUCUGGGCACCUGGAAGGCAUUUGUGGCAGAACUGGCCCAGAUAUACGGGCAACAUGACGACAAGGAGGGUGCAAAGAAGGAGAUCACGGCGCUGUUCAUCAAUAAGGAUCUGGCCUCAAAGGACUUCGUGAAGUACGCUGAGAGGUUCCGCACCCUCAGACGUCUCACGGAGUAUGACGAUAGUCUCCUCAUCGACAAACUCCGGGAGGUUAUACCUCGUGACAUGCGAUUGGUGUUGGCCGGAAAGGACGAGUCCACCUUGCCAAAGGAUUGGACAUUGUUCCUCAACAUCUUGCUCAACAUCAACAAGAUCGUCAACCCGGAGAAGGCACGAGGCUCAGUAUUCAAGAACAGUGGCUCGGAUAAUGGCGGCGCUGUCCCCAUGGACAUCGAUUCGGCUGAAAAGUCGAAAUCGAAGGGUAAAGGCAAAGGCAAGGCAAGGGACGCUGAGGCCACCUCGACAGAGGCAAAGAAGUAUUGCGUCAUCUGCAAGUCGAAGACUCAUAACACAGAUGAUUGCUACAAGUUGGCCAAAAAUGCGGACAAGCGGCCGAAGACCCAAGGGGAUGGCGCUAAGAAGGCACAAGGAGGAAGUGGUAACCCCGCGGCCAAGAAGGCUAAGAAAACGCGGGUUAUUCAAGUCGAGCUUACGGAUAGCGAGGACGACACGCCCCCGUCCACGAAAGCCAUGAGCGCCAACACUGCGAGAAUCGAGGAGAUUGCGAACGUCGAGGAAUCGACUCUGGCUGGGAAGGAUGAACCCCAGCUGUCUGCAAAGACAGAACCCACCGCAGCUACCUCGGAUUUUUGGAAGAAGUACAUAUGA